AUGGUAAACCAGCAAGCAAACGGUGAAUCCAUGUCUUUUCGUUCAUCUAAAGUUUCUCCAUCAACGGAAAGGCAACAACGACAAUCAAGUCGAUUGCAUUAUGCCGAAUCAUCGUGGACAAGAUGGAUACAAAUACCGUUGUUUUUAUGGGUAACACCUAUUCUCUGCUUGGCUAAUAAACGUACGCUUGUCGACGAUGAUCUUAAUGAUCUCUCUAUGAAAGAUCAAUGUUCCAUCAUAUUGAAUAGAGUAAAUCAGUAUAGUUCUAAAUGGCCAGGUACAUGGAAUGUAUUCAAUCGAAUAUUUUUUAAAGAUUUUUUGUCAAGUAUGCUGUUUGUUUUACCGCUUAGUAUAUCUCGUAUUGCACAGCCAUUGCUUGUUCGUCAGAUUAUUCUCUACAUUAAAGAUGAAUCAGGAUUACCUGCUUAUUCUGGUUAUCUAUAUUCUAUUGCUCUUUGCAUUGCUGUAAUUGUGCAAGCAAGUGGUCAACGCCAGAUUAUUUUUCGAAAUACACGUGUAGGCAUGCGAAUCUCCAAUGCAUUAUCAUCUACUAUUUAUAAACAUUUGUUAACCAUAAAUACUGCAGCUCUUCACAAGACUACUGCGGCUCAGACAAUUAAUUUAGUGGCGAAUGAUGCUAAUAAAUUUGCAGAAUUAAGUAUGUUCAUGCAUGUUUUAUUGACAGUACCUCUGGAAGCUUUUUCAACGUUUGGUCUUGUUUGGUGGACCAUUGGUUUACCGACAUUAUUCGGCUAUGCAGUGCUGCUUUUAUUAAUACCCAUUCAGUUCAUAUUCAGUAAAAAAUUUGGCCGCUACAGAAAGGCCACAAUGGCAUGUACAGACAAACGUGUACAAGCAAUCAAUGAACUUGUCAACGGAUGUCAAAUUAUAAAAAUGUACAAUUGGGAAAAAGCUAUGGAGCAACGGGUACUUGAAACACGCCAACAAGAACUUUCGAAUGUUCGCAAAGCGAGCAGCUUAAGAGCUUUCAAUGUUGCUAUGUCAUUUAUGUCGAUACCUUUGGUUUCUCUUGCUACAUUCGGUGGUAUGUGGUUAAUGGGUCAACGUUUGUCUCCAGAAAAUAUAUUCUCAACACUAUCUUUCUUCACAAUGGUUCGAGCUCCAUUAACCGUUACAAUGCCAGGCUCCAUUGAAAAACUCAGUGAAGCUCGUGUUUCUGCAAGACGAAUCGAUCAAUUUAUGCAACUAGAUGUAUUGAUGAAUAAAUGUGAAAAAGUGAAAAAUGAAAAUGAGGAGCACGCAAUUAUAAUGGAAAAUGCAUCAUUUUCUUGGAAAGAUACUCCUUCUCUGUUUUCUCUCAAUCUCAAAAUUAGAAAUGGUAACUUGAUUGGAGUGAAAGGUAGCAUCGGUGCUGACAAAUCAACACUAUUAGCUGCUAUUCUCGGUGAGAUCAAUCUUGUUAGUGGAAAAUUACAAGUACAUGCUCAGUCGAUUUCAUAUGCUCCACAAUCCGCAUGGAUAUUUGCUGAUACUCUUCGAGCUAAUAUUCUACUGGGUAAACCAAUUGAUGAAGAACGUUACAAUAAUGUAAUAAAAGCAUGUUGUCUUGAUAUUGAUCUACAGAAUUUUGGUGAAGUUGGUGAUUUAUUGAUGAUUGGCGACAAAGGAGUUAAUUUAAGUGGAGGACAAAAAGCUCGAAUAUCGCUUGCUCGUGCACUUUAUGCUGAUGCUGACCUAUAUUUACUCGAUGAUCCACUUGCUGCUGUUGAUCCUAAAGUGGCUAAAAGUAUUUUUGAUCAAUGCAUCGGCCCAUAUAGUCUUCUUCGUGGAAAAACUAGAAUAUUAGUUACACAUCAGACACACUUAUUAAUUGAAACAGAUCAAAUGUUUUACUUAGACAAUGGGCACAUAGAAGAAUUACAUAUUGAACAACAAACGACAAUCAAACCAUCGAACGAAAAAUCAGAAGCAGAUGUAUCUGACACCAAGGAAACCGAUUGGAAACUUGACCCUUCCGCAGCUGAUAUGAAUUCUAUCGUAAAGAAUGAGACAUCGGUUAGUGGUUCCAUCAAGUGGAAUAUAUGGUUAAAAUUGUUUACUGCACCUCCAUCACGUUGGUUUGGCUUUUUGCUUAUGAUUAUUUUAAUGUUUGGUAAUGAAGCUUUGUAUGAUUUUACAAAUCGUUGGCUUGCUGUAUGGUCGGGUAAAGAUGAAAACGAACAACGAUCUUCAUUUUAUGCUUAUAUCUAUCUUGGAGGUGUACUUUGUACAUUCAUUGUUACUUUAAUACGUGCCGCCUAUAUCAUUUAUAUUAUGUUGUGUGGUUCGACCUAUUUUCAUAAUCAAAUGCUCAAAGGUAUCUUGUAUACAUCGUUACGUUUCUUUGAAAAAAAUCCAAGUGGACGAAUCUUGAAUCGAGCAAGUAAAGAUCAACAAGUAGUAGAUGAAUCAUUACCUCUGGCUUUAAUUGAUACUAUGCAAUAUCUACUACAAACUUUAGGUUCUAUUAUAAUCAUUGGAAUGGCCAACCCAUGGGUACUUCUAAUUCUGAUUCCAUUAGCUCCCGCAGUUUUGUGGCUUCGUCGAUUUUAUAUGCGUUCGAGUCGUCAACUCAAACGACUAGAAAGUGUAACACGUAGUCCUAUUUAUACAUUGUUCGCAACGUCAUUAGAUGGACUCACUAGUAUUCGUGCAUUUCAAGUUCAAAAUGAUUUUUUAGAGAAGUUCAUCGAAAGAAUUGAUGCAAAUUCACGAGCUUCCUUCAUUCUCUCUGCCACUUCGCAUUGGUUUGGUUUACGACUCGAUUUUAUGGUAUCCUUACUCACUUUGGCUACUUGUAUUCUUUCCGUAGCAUUGCGUCAUCAAAUCACACCAUCGAUAGCAGCACUUAGUAUAAGCUAUUGCAUUACUUUAACAGGUCUCUUUCAGUGGGCUAUACGACAAUCAGCUGAAGCUGAAAAUUUCAUGACUAGUGCAGAACGUAUUCAUGAAUAUGGUCAACUAAUAUCAGAAAGUCAAGAGAACACUACUGACAAUAAUGUUCUCAUUCAACCUGACAACGAUUGGCCUUCUCGUGGUAUUAUCGAAUUUAAAGAUUAUACUUUUCGCUAUCGACCAGAGCUCGAUCCUGUACUUAAAAAUCUUAAUUUACGAAUUGAAUCCAAGGAAAAAAUUGGAAUUAUUGGUCGAACAGUAUCUGCUUUUAUUCGUUUAGGUGCCGGAAAGUCAUCACUUCUUCAAGCUCUCUUUCGACUUGUCAGUCAAUCAGCAGUUAAUGGAACUAUUCUUAUCGAUGGCAUCGAUAUAGGACGUUUGUCACUCGAUUAUCUUCGUUCUCAUAUAAGUGUUAUUCCACAAGUACCCAUACUUUUUUGUGGUACUCUUCGAUACAAUAUUGAUCCAUUCAAACAAUUCACAGAUGAAGAAUGUCUUACAGCACUUGAAGCUGUUCAGCUCAAAUCAUUGGUGCGCAACCAUCCAGAUGGAUUCCAUAUGUUGGUAGCUGAAUCUGGUACAAAUUUGAGUGCUGGUGAACGGCAAUUGAUUUGUGUAGCUCGAGCAAUUCUGAAGAGGAGUCACAUAUUAUUAAUUGAUGAAGCUACUGCAAAUGUAGACUAUGCAACCGAUAAAAUGAUUCAGGAAGUCAUUGCUGACAAAUUUCGUGAUCGUACCAUAUUAACUAUUGCACAUCGAUUAAACACAAUAGUUAAUAGUGAUCGAAUUCUCAUGUUACAACAGGGAGAGGUUGCCUAUUUUGAUGUACCUAGUAAUCUUAAUCUAAUGUAA